AGACGAAAUUUACCAGAAUUUUCAGUUGAAACUCAAAAAACCAUAUGUGAAUGUUAUAUUUUGCAUGGUCAAACACAUGAAAACGGGGCAAGUUCAAUAUGUUUGCAACGAGUACCCAGCGUAGUUUUUGGAUGUUUAAAGAUGAAAAUGAUGUUUCUAAUGCCCGGCUCAGUGCCAACAUAAAAUAUAUUUCAAGCCGAGGGAGAAAUAUGACUGUUGAAGAGCAAGAACUCCAUUUUUUGAACGUGACAGAGGAAAAAAUUUUGAUUAUGAGUUAUGAAUACCAGCUCAGAGACUUUUGCAGAAAAUUCCUCCCUCCUAUGCCUCGCUAUGUGAUAGGAACAGCUUUGCACUACCUAAAGCGUUUCUAUGUCAACAAUUCUGUCAUGGACUAUCCACCCAAAGAGAUCCUUGUUACUUGUGUCUACUUGGCUUGUAAAGUGGAAGAGUUCAAUGUUUCUAUGGAUCAAUUUGUUGGUAACCUGAAAGGAGACAGAGAAAAGGCUGCUUCCAUUAUUUUGAACAAUGAACUUCUUCUAAUGCAACAACUUGACUAUCAAUUGACUGUCCAUAAUCCUUUUCGACCGCUUGAAGGCUUGAUGAUUGACAUGAAAACAAGAUUUCCAACCUUCAGUGACCCUGAGAGACUGAGAUCAGGAAUUGAUGAAUUCCUCGAACAAGUUUUUUACACUGACGCUAUUUUGAUCUACUCCCCGUCUCAAAUUUCUCUGGCAGCCAUCAUUCAUUCCGCGAGCACUUCUAAGGAAAAUGUCGACGAAUACAUUACGAAAAUUUUGUUUUCCGAAGACCAGAAACGCUUAUUAAAUCUCAUAGAAGCAGUGAAAAAAAUCCGUGUGAUGGUGCGGAACGUUCAAACACCUCAUCGAGAUGUCAUCAAAGCUUUGGAAAAGAAGCUUCAACUCUGCUGCAAUCCCGAUAACAACAGUGAAAGCCCAGCAUUCAAGAAGAGGAUGAAGCAAUCUUUUGACGACGAAGAAUCUUUCGAAGAUGGACAGUAUCCGUCCACCAACUCAGAUCAAGUUCGCAGUAUGUUAAUGGGAAUGUCCGAAAUGGGUAAAAUUUAAACGCAUUCCCCACGUUUUUUCGACCAGACAUCCUAUAAAAUUUACAGUGCUUCCUGUUCCCACACUUAUUCCGGCUUGUGCGUCGAUUUCUCGAGUUCCCGUGUGCUGCAAAUGUCUGUGCGCUGUACAUUGAAUGUAUGUCUGCCGCACACAAUAAAUUCAAUUAGAUGAAAUUCAAA